AUGGCUAUAGCUAAUUAUGUAUACUUAAACACUGUUGAAGCGCCUAAACGACCACCCAAAAUAGAUAUUGGAAGCUAUGAAUACGUGCUGUCAUCGGUCAAUGAUGUCACAAGAGAUGUGAUCGUAUAUUGGCAAAACAUUCAAGAAAACGAGAAACACACAACUGAUAAUUCAUUUGAAUAUCGCGCUUACUACACAGCCAUAGCUAAUAACAAUACUAUAAUUCUUCAUCCAAGCAACAAGACGUUUGCCAAUCAUGCUACGUUUGUCGGACUAGAAUUAUAUAUUGGGUACAACAUCAGAGUGUACUCGGCAAAUAAAGAUGGUUUAUCGACAGAGUACGCAAGUAUAUACAUACCUAGUUUACCCGGCAAACGUAAUGACACCGUAUCACUAUCGCUGACAAAAGUGAAAACGUAUAAUGAUGAAGGUGUCUAUGAACUGUCUUGGGAAAUUCAUAACAGUCAGAAACUAUUUGCGCCCAACCAACUGAAUUAUUACACACUAUAUUGGUGUGAAAAUGACAUGAACCAUCCUCACCAGUGCAAUGGCUAUAUGGACUGGAUAAACAUACCUAGAACAGAGACUCGCUAUAUUAUUUCCGUACCAAAUUAUUGGAAAGAUUAUCAAUUUUCAAUAAGUGCCAACAGCAAGGCUUUGCGAAAAAGCAAUGCCAAUGGAAAUGAAGCUUAUAAAUUUAAAUCGAUAAGUAGUGGAAUGGUGUGGGAGUCGUGUACUACACUGCACAUAACAAAAUUUAGCAAAGUAAACAGCAUUUGGAUCAGCGAAGUUGGCAAGACAUACAUGGCUUUGAGGUGGAAGCUUGACUGUUCGGAAAAAAUAAAUUUUAUUUAUGAUUUUCACGUUUUUUAUUGUCCAAUAAAUUCCUUGGAAAAAUUUUCAUGCUUAGAGUCUCCUCGGUUCAAAGUGGUUGAAAGAUAUAUGAAACAAGAUCACACGCCUUUUGCAUUCUUAUCGGACCUGAAGCCAUCUACCAUAUACAAGAUAUUAAUUUUAAUAUAUACAUUAAACGGUAAUGUCAUUGAAACAGAUCCCAUAACCAUGGCUACACUUCCAGAAGCCGAAUGAAAACUAUUUAACCAAAACAUACUUUUUAUUAGAAUAUUAACAUGUUCUAUUUACCAUUUACAUCAGUACAUAUAAUAAUAAUCUAGAUAUAAGUGAACUCUACUAGUGAGCUAACAAUAUAUUAUGACGUUAACUGCAGUUUUGAAUUAGGUAUAUUAUAAUAUAUGUGUAUAUAUUAUUAUUAGUUAUUUCAAACUGGCA